GUCUUUUCAUUCGUGGUGUCUUGACACUGGUCAGAAGCCGGGAGUACCGUGGGUUUAGCUAAGUCUAUAGCCUUAAAUAGCCUCUUCUUAAAAUGUCUCACGCAACACCGUCCAACAAGCCUUCCAACCCUGAAAACCCCCGUGUCUUUUUUGAUGUAGACAUCGGCGGAGAAAGAGCUGGUCGAAUAGUGCUGGAGCUGUUUACUGACAUUACCCCCAAAACUGCUGAAAACUUCCGGGCGCUCUGCACUGGAGAGAAGGGGACUGGCAAAUCCACUGGGAAACCGCUGCACUUCAAAGGAUGCCCAUUCCACAGAAUUAUCAAGAAGUUCAUGAUCCAAGGCGGUGACUUCUCCAACCAUAACGGCACUGGAGGUGAGAGCAUCUAUGGGGAGAAGUUUGCAGAUGAAAACUUCCAUUACAAGCAUGACAAAGUGGGUCUGCUGAGCAUGGCCAAUGCAGGCCCAGACACCAACGGUUCUCAGUUCUUCAUCACUACUGUCCCCACACCGCACUUAGACGGCAAGCAUGUGGUCUUCGGACAGGUGCUGAAAGGGAUGGGCGUGGUGAAAAUGCUGGAGGCCAUUGAUACCAAAGAUGACGCCCCUGUUAAGCCAUGUAUCAUAGCAGAGUGUGGUGAGCAUAAGGACGGGGACGACUGGGGCGUGGCAGCAGUUGACGGGUCAGGGGACACCCACCCAGACUUCCCCGAGGACUCCGACAUCGACUUUAAAGAUGUUGACAAAGUCCUGUCUGUCGCUGAGGAUAUCAAGAAUAUUGGGAACAACUUUUUUAAGAAUCAGGACUGGCAGUCUGCUGUCAAGAAAUACUCCAAAGCCAUCAGGUACCUGGAAACCAGUGGAGAGCUGCUGGAUGAGGAGGAAGCCCAGCAGAAGCUGGAGCCCACCGCCCUCAGCUGCAUUCUCAACACGGCGGCGUGCAAGCUGAAGAUGCAGCUCUGGCAAGAUGCUCUCGACAGCUGCAACGAGGCGUUAGAGUUGAACCAGGCCAACACUAAGGCGCUUUUCCGGAGGGCCCAGGCCUGGCAGGGCUUAAAGGAAUACAACAAAGCCAUGACUGAUUUGAAGAAGGCUCAGGAACUGGCACCAGAGGACAAAGCAAUCAGCAAUGAGAUGAAGAGAGUCCAGCUGAAAGUCAAGGAGGAGAAGGAGAAAGAGAAGAAAAUCUAUGCCAAAAUGUUUGCGUGAGCUUUCCCACUGGAUGAUGUGUUAUAUUUAUCAAUAUUUGAAGUAAUUUCUCCAAGGGAAGCUGCACUAGUUGUUAAGUCAGAUAUGGAGUGUUGUGUAACAAAACUGAAACUGUAUUUUCAGUGGCAGGUCCUUUCAUGUUCUGCAACUGACAUGUUUCUCACACAAGAAAUUGAUUUAAGGGAAGAGUUUUUUGUGUGCUUUGGCCUGUCAACGUUCUGACAAGUGUGUCACUGUAAUGAUUAAUUUGAAUAAUAUUCUACUAUCAUGAAUUCUUCAAUUCAAGAACUGGUUUUUCACCGUUUAUUUGUCAUUCAGCAGUUGUUCAUGUUUUGUUACAUAUUCAGCUGUUUGAUACAGUACACUAUACUGCUUACAUACAUCUUUUUUAAUUUAUUUGUUUUUUUUACAUUUGUCAGAAUAAACUGAAAGACAACAAUGAA